CGGGCUCGCCCAGUGGGUCCCUCACAUCCCACGUCUCCGCGUCUUCUCUUGUCUCCCGGCAGAGGAGCCCGGCCAAGCGGCGAUGGAGCGGAGGCCGCCGAGGAGGGCGCGGGGCUGCACGCGCUCUGCUCCGGGGUCGGCCCCCGGCUCCCGCUCCGCCGGGACCGGCUCCGCGCAGCCGCCCCGCGCGCAGCUCUGGCUGUUCCCCGGCGCCGCGGGUCUGCACGGCGCGCUGCUCGCGAGGGCCCAGGCGACGCGCCAGAUCUGCUGCGCCCGGGGGCGCCUGGCGGUGUUGGAGCACGGCGGGGCCGGUGUCCAGGUCCACCCGGGGCUCGCGGGGAGCGACGGCGCCGGGAAGCCCAAAUACCUUAAGUUAGAAAAAAAAAUGAAGAUACAUUCCAUGGACCAAGGAAGAGAGCACCUGUUGGUUUUAUCUUCCGAUGGAAAACCAUUUGAGUACAACUAUAGCAUAGAACAUCCAAGGUUUCAAAGAAUUUUGCAAGAAAAGUGUAUAAUUCAGAUCACAUGUGGAGAUUAUCAUUCUCUUGCACUCUCAAAAGGUGGUGAGCUUUUUGCCUGGGGUCAGAACCUGCAUGGCCAGCUCGGACUUGGAAUGGUGUUUCCCUCAACCCCAACACCACAGAGGGUGGAGACCCUCGCAGGAGUCCCCUUGGUGCAGAUUUCUGCGGGAGAAGCCCACAGCAUGGCCUUAUCCAUGGCUGGAAACAUUUACUCAUGGGGAAAAAAUGAAUUUGGACAACUAGGCCUGGGCCACACCACAGGUGAAGCUUCUCCUUCCCUUAUUGAAGCACUGGACGACCAGAGAGUGGAAUUUCUCACUUGCGGUGGCUCUCACACUGCCCUGCUCACAGAGGAUGGGCUGGUGUUUACUUUUGGUGCUGGAAAAUAUGGGCAACUUGGUCACAGUGGAACACAGAAUGAGCUAAGACCCCGUUUGGUGACCGAGCUCACUGGGAAAAGGGUGACCCAGAUAGCAUGUGGAAGGUGGCACACACUUGCCUAUGUUUCUGAUUUGGGAAAGGUCUUUUCCUUUGGUUCUGGAAAAGAGGGACAACUGGGAAACAGUGGAACACAAAAUCAGCUGACACCACUUCCCAUGAGAUUAUCUUCAAAUGAGGAACUCCAAUUAGAAAGCCACGCCUCAGAAAAGGAGUUAAUAAUGAUUGCUGGAGAGAAUCAAAGCAUUCUUCUCUGGAUGGACAAAGAGAAUUCCUAUGUUAAUCUGAGGAGGAAAAUUCCUACACUGAAUGAAGAGACUGUAAAGAGGUGGAUUGCUGAUGUCGAGGCUAAACGGUGGCAGAAUACAAAAAGGGAAAUCCAAGAGAUAUUUUCAUCUCCUGCUUGUCUGACUGGAAGUUUUGUAAGGAAAAGAAGCACUGCAGAAAUGAUGUCUGUUCAUUUGGAUUUAAAUAAAGCAAGAGACAUCUUUAAGAAGUUAACCCAAAAGGACUGGAUUAGUGACAUGGUAACCACCUGUCUCAGGGAUAAUCUGCUCAAAAACCUUACCUUUUAUUCUCCACACCAAGAAGCCUUAGGAAUCUUCUUCCUCCUCCCAGAAUGUCCUGUGAUGCAUGAAGCUAGCAACUCAGAGGGCCUGGUCGUUGAGUUCACAGAGGCCGUUUGUAGACUGAAUGACCAGUCUGCAUGGAUUCUGGAAGAAUACUGGGCAACUCUUCAAGAAUCUGCUUUCAGCAAAUUGGUCCAGAUGUUUAAAAGCGCCUUCAUCUCUCAAUUGCUCUGUUGGACUAAAAAUGCUAAGAAUAAAGGUCAUGUUAAAGCUCUCGUACAAAUGUUGAAAAAGCUGCACAGGGUAAACCAGACUAGCUUUCAACUACCUGAAAAUAUUUUCGAAGUAGACGAACUUUCUCAUUGUCUUGAUUUUGACAAAGAAGUAUAUUGGAGCUUCUUUUCCGAAACUGUUCUGUUUGAAAGAGUUAAAGCUAAUUUGAAGUUGUCAGAAAUUGCACCACAAAGAAGAUCUGAAGUACCCCCUUUUCUCCAGCCCACCUUGGAUCUAACGGUCGGGAGGGAUGACUUGGUUGAGGAUGUUUUGAAUUGGCUAAGUCAACGUGAGAAUGAAAACUUGAGAAAGGAGUUGUGGGUUUCAUUUAGUGGAGAAAUUGGCUAUGAGGUAGGAGGAGUCAGGAGAGAGUUCUUCUGUUGUCUGUUUGAAAAGAUGACCCAGCCAGAAUAUGGGAUGUUCACAUAUCCUGAAGAAGCUUCCUACAUGUGGUUUCCCGUCAGGCCUAAAUACGAGGAGAAGAGAUAUUUCUUCUUUGGGGUUCUGUGUGGACUCUCCCUGUUCAAUUUCAAUGUUGCCAAUAUCCCUUUCCCACUGGCACUGUUUAAGAAGCUUUUGGGCCAAAUACCAUCAUUGGAAGACUUAAAAGAACUCAGUCCUGUUUUUGGAAAGAGUUUGCAGAUGCUUCUGGAUCAUGAAGAUGAUGACUUUGUAGAAGUAUUUUACAUCCAUUUUAAUGUGCAUUGGGACAGAGAUGAUGCAGACUUAGUUUCUGAUGGAAGUCGCAUACUGGUCAACCAGACUAACAAGAGAGACUAUGUUUCUAAGUGUGUCGAUUACGUCUUCAACAUCUCUGUAAAGGCAGCAUAUGAAGAAUUUCAGAGAGGAUUUUAUAAAGUACAUGACAAGGAGAUUAUCAGUAUUUUCCAUCCUGACCAACUGAGGGACGUGAUGCUUGGAAAUACAGAUUACGACUGGGAGACAUUUGAAAAGAAGGCACAAUAUGAACAAGACUACAGCAGUUCUCAUCCCACCAUAUUGAUGUUUUGGGAGGCUUUCCACAAAUUGAAACUUGAGGAAAAGAAAAAAUUCCUUGUGUUUCUUACAGCAACUGACAGAACACAAAUUAAAGAUUUAAAGAACAUGAAAAUAAUUUUUCGCUAUAUUGAAAAUUCGACUGAAAGCGAUCCCAUGAGAGCACACACGUGUUUUAGUGUCCUCUACCUUCCCAAAUAUUCUACGAUGGAAAGAAUGGAAGAAGCACUUCAAGGAGCCAUCAACAACAGCAGAGGAUUUGGCUGACCCUAUGUUAUAUUAUUUCUUUUUGGAAAUACCAUUAAAAAUAAAAUUAAUAACUCAAAACUUAA